ACUGUAGGAGUUUUUUAUCCUGCGGAUAAACAGACACUAAAGAUAGGAGCUUUAAAAUCCAAACUGGAAAUGGACGUGAGACGGAUCAGUACAUAUUUAAGAAUCUUACUAUUUCUCGUCAAGGAAAGUCUAGAUCAGAAAAGGUAACUAUACCAAAUAUACAAUUUAAACAUUGGAACGACAACCAGGCCGUCCCGAAACAACCGAAAGCUUUUGUACAGUUUGCGAAAGAUGUAGAGCUGAAAUUUGGUGGAAAUGGCCCAACACUUGUACAUUGCAGGACAGGGGCGGAGAAAAGUGGAAUAUUCUGUGCUGUAUCAACUUUGUUGGAGAAAACACAAAUUGACCAGGAAGUAAGUGUCGCAAACACCGUACGACAUAUAAAGUAUAGACGAAGCAUGGCCAUACCGAAUCAAGAGCAGUAUAUUUUCUGUCAUCAAUGUGUGAAUGAAUACCUUCAAUCAUUUGAUACAUACUCCAAUUUCGAGCAGAGCUCCGGAACAUAAUGAUUCGAUGUCUCGAACAUUUUAUAAUACUUGAAUUUGAAUAGAUAGCAUGCCUUUUUAGCUCGACUAUUUGCAAAAUAUAAGAGCUAAUGCAGUCACCCAUUUGUCGGCGUCGGCGUCCAUGUGGUAAAGUUUUUACGUGUAGGGUGGUAUCUCCAUCACUACUGAAGGGAUUUCACACACAUUGCUUUUUUGUGAUUGUCUUACAUGAUUGGCACAAGUCCCAUAACUCGGAUUUGCUUUUUUGCAUAUUUAUGCCUCACACUUGUGACAGUGACAACUCUUUUGAACAGUUGAACACUCCUCCAAUAGCUCUUGUUAAAUUUCCUGCUUGCUAUUUUGAAAAAUGAUGCCGUACUUUUAAUGAUCUCUUAUAAAAAUAUCCCGAGUUUUCAAAUUUCACAAAUGUAUUUUUGAGAGCACUUAAGUGAGAGCUUAUUUUUCAAUAUUUUGAUACGAUGAAAGAAAAGGUUUAGUAUUAAAGAGCUGUUUAUAAUAAAUUCAGAUCACUUAUAUACAUACUGUUAAUUUCCUUAAGCUUUAUAAUCAUUUCGAGAUGUAUUGAUCUUCACUUAUAUAUGUGCAUGUUGUAUUUUAUAUUUAAUAUGAUAUACUUUGUUAUAUUUUGAUUGUUAUAUUUUAAUAUGCGAUCAUUGUGAUUGUUUUGUUAAAUAACAUCAGAGUGUUGAAAUUUAAAGUUCAACAUCAGUAUCUGAAUAGAUUGACAACAAUUUCUGUUUAUCAGACAGAGUUUGCAUUGGUGCCAAACAAUAAUUGCAUGUCAGUAGUAUCCAUAUAUGAAAGUUUUUUCAUAUCCUGAUUAUUUUUAAUAAGUUUUUUUUUUAAUCUAAUUCCAUUAACAUUAUAAAGAAAGAAGCAAUCCUGAAUGAGUAAACAUGAAAUUGAUGCUAUAGACAGUUAUGUAAAUAGAAUAAGACAUGUUGCGAUUUGUUUUUGGUCAUAUGACUCUUUAUGGAAAGAAUCUCUUUAGGAUCAAAAAAUAUUUUAUUCAUAUUAAACUGUUUUUGUAUAAAUCAUUAAAGAUGGAUUUUCCUUAGUAGCUGCCUUUAAUGUAUGCUAUACAUGUAUUAAAAACAUUGUUUUAACAAUAUGCAUCGCUUUGUUAGCAGGAAGAUUAAUGUUAUUAUUUGCUACAUAUAUAAUUAUGCAUUCCAACAUGUUCCUCGUUAUGCGUGAGGCGCGUUUAAGUGCCGCCGUCAUUUCCUGUUAUCUGCAUUAUGACACGUACUGAUGGGUGUUGUACAACUUACAUAAACAUACACAGACCUAAGGGAUAUCAAAUGUGUUUGAAUGAAUUAAUUGAACGAAAUAGUGAACAUUUGACAAGGUUGCAAUGAUUUCAAACGAGGACAAUAAAUGUAAUAUGAAAUCUACGCUUAUUUCGGAUUCUUUUUGUCAGUCUGAAAAUACCGAGAAAGACCUCGCUACUAUACACUAAAAUGACACAUAUGUUAUUAGGAACUGAUGGACAAUUUAUGCCAAUACUCUUAAGCGUAUUCUAUGCACUGUUUAACAGGGUCUGAGAUAGCAGCAUUGAGGGUGUGUGCAAAACUAUAUCUAUAUAUUGUUUGGUACUAGGAUUAUUUUGUAUGUCAUUCGAGAACAUCAAACGUUAAACCAGUUUAUUUCCUGAACACACCAAGUUUGUAAUCAUUGUUUAUUGGACACUGUCUUAUUAUUCAUUUUUUUCUUUUAUCAUUUUUUCUAUUCUAUUGCAUUAUUGUUCAAAUCGUCCUUAUAAGGAAUAUUAUAAUAUUAUUCACUAUAAGCUUUGGAAUUUCUCAAUCAGCUUUAAUACAAUUUAAAAUAAUGAAUAAGUCAUUUUCUGUAGACAAGCCACAUCGUUUUCAUAUCAUUGUAUUUGCUAGAUAUUGUUUGGUAUAAGAAAAUAUCAUUUUAUGUAUCCUUGCUUACAACUAACAUAAUCUGUGUUUUCUAUAAUAUUUCUAUAUAAUAUGGUACUAGGAUUAUUUUGUAUAACAUUCGAGACCAUCAAACGUUGAACCAGUAUAUCUCGUGAGCAAUACCAGUUUGUCAUUUUUGCUCAUUGGACCCUGUCUCAUUUUUUUCUAUCAUCAUUUCGUUUCCAUUGUAUUAUUGUUUAAAGCUUCCUUAUAAGGAACAUUAUAAUAUUUUUCAUUAUAAACAUUUUUGUUGGUAAAAAAAAAUAUUUUUCAAUAUAUUUUCUUGCUUACGAUUAACAUAAUGUUAUAUCUCUUUAAAAGAGAUCUGAUUCAUCACAUGUACAUUGUCAUCUGUUGAAUAAGUACAAUUAUCUACAGGAAAUGUAUACUUGAAUUGUUGUAUUAUUUCAUUGAUUGAAAUCACUUAUACUUUACCUCCACAUCAAACAUCUGUUGAUGAGCGACAGUAAAUGUUUAUGGCAUGGCUAAUUUUAUAAUAUCUAUUGACAUUGUACCGUAAAUACAACAUGUACAACGUUUCUAAACGAAAAGAGGAAUAAACUUGUGAAAGCAAAAUUACAAAGAAUAGCAUAGCUAUAUUUUCCGUGUUGUUUGUCAUUUCAUUUUGUUUGUCUUAUAACAAAUAAUAGUAACAUUUAUAGAUAUUUUAAGAUAACAAAUACAAACUUUUGUGCUUUUUUGUUUUUUUUUUAAAAAAAGCUUUGGAUUAUUCUGCCUAAUUAUAUAAACCCGUACAUGAGUCCAAUAAAGUGGUAUAAGAGUGGUGUAAUCAGUGGCGUAAUAACAGUGAUAGAGUUGUUCUAAACGAAAAGCAAAAAUGAAGCAACUUUCUGUAAUGAUGUUAAUGAUUCUUUGGUUCAUCAAAGGUUCAGCACUCAACGAAUGUGGUCAAUGCAUUUGUUGUAAAAAUGGAAGAACACGGUGUCAGGACUAUAUGAAUUAUAGUCAUUACUGUCUGGACGGUUGUAUUGAUGGCUAUUAUGGUAAGGAAUGUACACACAAAUGUUGCAAUAAUUGUCUGAUUAGUACUGAUCAAAAUAAAUGUCAAAAAUGUGAGGACGGAUAUUAUGUAUAUGGUGGCUGGUGUUACAAGUGUUCUGAAAACUGUAAGUCAUGUUCAUCAUCCUCUGAUUGUCAGGAAUGCAACAAUGGCUUUUUUAUAGAUUCGUAUUUGAGUUUCGGAGGAUAUACAAUGUAUUGUAAGAAGUGUAAAAGUGUUUGUAAGUCUUGCACUAACGGAAAUACGUGCUCUGAAUGUCACGAUGGCUAUUAUUUACAAAAUAGCAAUUGGUAUUGCUAUAAAUGCCCAGAUAAAUGUACAUCUUGUUACGCGAAUCGUCAAUGUACUAAUUGUAUACAGGGUCAUUACGGAUACUCCUGUGAAAAUAGUUGUAAUGUUGGCUGCCAAAAUGGCUAUUGUAAUGCUCGUACAGGAUAUUGUAAAUGUAAAACAGGUUUUAUUGGUGUCAAAUGCGACAAAUGUAUCACUGGAUACGCAGGAGACAAGUGUAAUAAGUGUGAAAUUGGAAAAUAUGGUCAAUAUUGUAAAAUCAGCUGCCCUGAAGGUUGUGCAACCAAUCAGUGUUAUCGUAAUGGUAAUUGUUACAGUUGCACAAUUGGAAGACAUGGAAAUAAAUGUACGGAAUCAUGUCCUGAAGGUUGUGCAAACAAUAAGUGUUAUCGUGAUGGUAAUUGUAACAGUUGUACAACUGGAAGAUAUGGAAAUAAAUGUAUGGAAUCAUGCCCUGAAGGUUGUGCAACCAAUCAGUGUUAUCGUAAUGGUUAUUGUUACAGUUGUACAACUGGAAGAUAUGGAAAUAAAUGUAUGGAAUCAUGUCCGAAGAAUUGCCUGCAUCAUAAUUGUAAUUACAAAGGAGAAUGCAACACAUGCAAUGAUGGUUUCGUUGGAGACAAAUGCGAUAAAUGUGGAGUUGGAAAAUAUGGCCAACAAUGUAAUAUCGAUUGUCCUACUGGUUGUGCUAAUAACAAUUGUUCCGAUUUUGGCUUAUGCUACAGCUGUAAACCUGGUAGGUAUGGAAUUGAUUGCUCCGACUUAUGUUCAAACGGUUGUGACUCAGACAUCUGCACUAACAAUGGAGACUGUUUCAGCUGUAAGAACGGGUUUCAGGGAAAGAAAUGUGAUAAAUGUAUCGACGGAAAAUUUGGGGAUAUUUGCGAUCAAAACUGUUUGUCUAAAUGUAUAGCAUGUGUCUCGUUGACAAGUUGUUCCGCUUGUAUUGAAAGACACUGGGGCAAAACUUGUCAACAAUGUCCCACAAACUGCUUGAAUUGUUCCUCAAUGAGCACUUGCUCAUCCUGUGAAAAUGGCUUUCAUGGACAAACAUGCAAUGAACAAUGCAAUGCUAACUGUUUUGGUAAUCAAUGUGAUCGAAAGACUGGAUAUUGCAGCAAAGAAUGCGUAGCUGGUUUUUAUGGGAACUUUUGCACAUUGAAAUGUAGCUCUAACUGUCUAAAUACUUCUUGUGGUAGAAAAUAUGGUGACUGCCUACAUGGAUGCAAGACAGGAUACAACGGGACACAGUGCGCUCAGUCUCUAGAAUUGCUAAAGGAAGACGAUAACAACACGAGUUUUGUAAUUGAAGCAUCAGUUGGUGCUGGUGCACUUGUAAUGGUUGUUAUUCUACUGAUUGCUUUUGUUCUACUGAUAAAAAAGCGUCAAAGAAAAAGCAAAGAAAAAGAAGGAAUUAAAACAGAGGAUGAAACGAUGACGUACAGUGUGAUAAAUGAUACUAACAUCACGGCUGAAAACAAUCGUACUGAUGAUAUUGAAACAGAUAGAGAAAAUACUACUUACAACGUAAUUCAAGAUUCUGAUUUGUCUACGGAUAACAUAUAUGCCAAGCCUAUCAAACCUAAGAGAAAAACAGCGGCAGUAAAAUCAUUUAACAGAAAUUCAACCGAAGUAACAGUAAAUAAUCCUACCUACAAGAAAUCAGAAACCAGUCAAACAGAAACGGUUAAGAAGGUCAAAAACAGUAAACCUCCCAUUGCGUCUAAACCUGCCCAAAUGUAUGACAACAAUGUAAUUCCAAAACCAAGUGCUAUGCAACCGACAUCACACAUAUCACACAUUGAAAAUGAUGCCGCUCUAGAAAUAGAGGAGGAUAUUGACUGCUUGUCUAGCAGAUCUAAAUCAGUAUUCAUAGAAGAACAAAAGGCAGCAGAACUUGAAAAUGCAGACACAUACUACAAUGUGGCAGCUGUUAUAAAGAGGAAAAUAAUUCUCGAUAAACUACCUGACUUUGUUGCCAAGAAGACAAAGAAAGAUUUUGUUGAUGAGUUUCAGGCUUUACCAGCCAUGUUGAUCAAGCCAUACGUUGACUCCCAGAAAAGGGAAAACCGCUCUAAAAAUCGCUACAAAGGGAUUUAUCCAUAUGAUGAUACCCGUGUUGUUUUGAAGGAAGGUGACUCAGACUAUAUUAACGCCAGCUACAUAGAUGGAUACAACAAGAAUAAAGCGUACAUUGCUUCGAUUGGUCCGACCUAUAAAUACAUGGGCGAUAUGUCAGCGUUUUGGAUAAUGGUUUGGCAGGAAAAUGUCGGAAAAAUUGUUAUGUUGACAAACCUUGAGGAAGGCGGAGUACCAAAAUGUGAUCUGUAUUGGCCAGAGAAAGAUUUCAGUCUCAUGUUUGCUAACAUACAAGUCACGUGUCAUACUGAAGAGAACUACGCCGACUAUACUUUCAGAUCAUUUUCUGUUCAAAAGGAUUCUAUCAAAAGAGAAAUAGUUCAAGUUCAUUUUACUGCUUGGCCUGACAAAGGAACGCCUGAUGACGUCACGAGUUUGACAGAAUUUAGACAGAAGGUUAACAGUACUAAGACUAAACUAGAUGGCCCUAUUCUUGUACACUGCAGCGCCGGAAUAGGUAGAACUGGUACGUACAUUGCUUUAGAUAGUAUAACAAAUGAGGGCGAGGCCGUGGGAGAAGUUGAUAUAUACGCAUUUGUAAGGAAUAUGAGAGAACAGAGGGUAAACAUGAUACAAACAGCUGAACAAUACCAAUACCUUCAUAACGCGAUAGUUCACACUCUGACCUUUGACAGUAAAGCUGUUGAGGCCUCAAGGUUUAAUGAAUAUAUGAAGACGCAUACCGAAGAUUAUCUGGGAAAUAUGUUUGAGAAGCUUCAAGCGUCUGUUGAACAAAGAACGGAUGAUGAACAGGAAGAUGUUAAACGAAACAAAACUUUAGUAAAUAAGAACAGAAACGGUGCUGAUAUCCCAGGAGAUCGUAACAGACCUCGGCUAUUCAUGGCUAAAACUCAAGGUCAAUCAGAUUACAUUAAUGCAGUGUACGUAAAUAGUUUCAAAAACGUGAAUCGUUUCCUGAUAGCACAAACUCCUUUACCAGACACGGUUGAGGACUUUCUUACAUUAAUUGUUCAAGAAAAAGUUUCAUGCGUCAUCAGUAUGGAAACAAUGUCGUCAGCAAAUAAGGACGCUGGAAUUUACUGCCCUGCGGAUAACCAAACGUUAAGGAAAGGGGCCUUUACGAUAAAAACUGAACGAGGAGAUGGGACAGACCAAUAUCAGUUAAAGAAAAUGAAAAUAUCCUAUAAAAGCAAAUCUGGAUCAGAAGAGAUUAUAGUACCACAUGUUCAGUACACACAAUGGGAUAACAACAAGAGCAUUCCGGGAGAGCCUGUCAAGUUUGUACAGUUUGUCAAUGAUAUGGAACUAAAAUUUAGCGGAACUGACACCAACCGACCAAUGCUGGUCCAUUGCUUAACUGGAGCCAAAAAAGGCGGACUAUUUUGUGUUGUUUCAACUUUGUUGGAGAAAACACAAAUCGACCAGGAAGUGAGUGUCGCAAACACCGUACGACAAAUAAAAUAUAGAAGACAUUUGGCUGUGCCAGAUAAAGAACAGUACAUUUUCUGCCAUCAUUGUGUCAACGAGUAUUUACGAACAUUCGAUAUCUACUCAAACUUUGAACUGAAGACAUAGACAUUCAAAGACAGUUUUUCGUGACGACAAAAUCAAACAAUAAUUUCUUUUUGUAAAUAGAUGUUUGUUAUUGCUGUUUAAGUUUAUAUUUACGAUAAUCGCUUCAUUUACCUACAUUUUAUCAGAGUUCUUUACCCUUUAUAUUUUUUCCAUCUGAUCAGAUUUAAACACUUUUUAAAGAGUAAGAACCUAAUAAGAACCUACUUUUUACCAGCUAAUGAUCAGUACAAUCUCUACAGAGGAAUACCCUUUGGUAGACAAAUAUAUUGCAUGCUGCCAAGACGUGUUACUGAAGAAAAAUCAUAUCCAUUGUAAAGUUUUCCUUUCAAAGAAUAUUUCGCCACCUUAGUGCAAUAACCGAUAAACUGCUAUUGAAUUUAGAAGGGCUUGUUCCGUUAUUGCACUAAGGCGUCGAUAUACUGGUAUUUUAAAGUGGUCACUACUUUUAAAAUGACAGUUCUGCUGAGGUUGGUGCUAAGAAGCGGAAAGGAUUAUCUUAUCAUUUAAACAGCUCAGGCAGGGAACAUGCACGUUUUUUCCUUGUCUUUUUUGAUAGAAAGGAAGUGUUGACUUCUGAAUCUUUAAUGUCAUCAUUUUGUAGAUGCGUGCCCUAUUAUAAUAAACGAAUGGCGAAAUACGCGAUAUUCACAUAUAUAAAUAUACAGAGACAAUGAGGGGUCUAAACAGGAGGUUCCUCAUUGCUUUAACAUUUCGAGGAGACAAAGAACCAACAUUUGUGGGAGGCGAAAAUCUGACUGAAAAAAGUUAUAUUCAAGAAACACACACUUAAUAAUAAUUUGUUGUUGUUUCAUUGUUUUGAUAAUACUGAAUGUUUUACUUGACAUUUUCCCUUUUUAUUGAAUAUUUUAUUACAUGUCGAAUUGAUAAAUUAUGUCGAAGAAAA